GAGGACACUUCGACAACUUGUCGCACCGCCAAUCGGGUCCAUUUGGAACAACUCGAUGUAGCAACAGUCAACUUUGAGCUUCGGCCGCCCGCUGGUUCGGUUAACGUCUGAGCUCCACUGUAGCGAUUGCGGGCUCCGGGGUGGGAGUACUUGUGUCGUCACGGCUCUGUCUUUUCCACUUUGGCCGUGUCCCCCCGCCCCCGUGGUGACCCCUACCGCUCGCAGGCGAAAGUGCAGCCUGACCGUCAGACGCGUAGCGUGGAUGGCGAGGAGGCUAACUUGUUUAGCCUGAAGGAUUGUGACGAACCGCUCCGGGUCAGCUCUGGUCCUGCUCGGGUUGUUUGACCGUCUGAGUUUAGCGCUCGCUCGAGUGCUUUUCGUCCGCCUCCUGCCGGACGCCAGCGUGUGACGAUGCUAAGCUAACAUCACACAGCGGGGUCAUCUGAGGUAAACUGCCUCCUCGUUAAGACGUGCACGACGACAGGCCCCGCCCACUGGUAUUGCGCUCCUCCCCUUUGAGGAAGUUUGGUAAGUACGCAGCAUCGUCUUUACGGCUGAGAUCACGCCAUUUUGCGGCUCCCGUGUUUUCCGAGCGCCCUCACUCCACUCCGUCUUGGCAUCUCGACCCGUUUCCACGGAAACCACCCCUCUACGUGUGUGUGUCUGGGUUGAUCCCUCGCAAAAUCCCCCUUGGCUGAUAUUGGGCUCUGGUGCUGGUGCCAAGCAGAGCCUGGAUCGGAACGCCACCGCGCUCACCCCGCGUCUCUCACUCGGGACCCUGCACAAGAAGCACUCACAGCCCUCGUUGGCCCCGAUGAGCACGAUGCCCGUUAGCAGAAUGUCGGCCACCCCCUGCAUGGUCCGAGGGCUGACUGACUCCAAGAAAGUGCCAGAUGUGGAAAUGUCAUCUGAUAAUCUGACAGGCGAGUACGAGCCUUGUGAGAAAAGCCACGGCCGCGAGAAAGCGGCUGGUCCGGACCGAGACAACCUCUGCCCUGAGAAGGCGUCAGACGAGGAGCGGGAAGUGUGCCAGUCGCAAGGCUACCAGUGCAAAUGCUGCCCGUUCCGGUGUCGGAACCUUCAAGUCUUCACAGAGCAUGUGGACUCCAGCCACCCCGAUGUGAUUCUCAAUCCACUUUAUCACUGCGCCAUCUGCGACUUCAACGCCACCAAGUAUGAGCUUCUCGCAGAGCACAACAGGAGCCUUCAUCCUCACGAGAGCAAUUUUGAGUUCAAGAGGAUCAAGAAGAACAGUCAGAUCAUCUUGGAGCAGACCAUCCAGUUCCAGGGGGAAGAGCGAUCGGGAAGCGACGACCGAUCGGGAAGCGACGACCGAUCGGGAAGCGACGACCGAUCGGGAAGCGACGACCGAUCGGGAAGCGACGGCCGAUCGGGAAGCGACGGCCGAUCGGGAAGCGACGGCCGAUCGGGAAGCGACGGCCGAUCGGGAAGCGACGGCCGGUCCGGAAGCGACGGCCGGUCCGGAUGUGACACUCGUGUGCUCCUGCCUGGCUUACACCCCGCAGCAGAUUGGCCAAACUCCGACCAGGCCCUCCACGGCAGUGAGCGAAUCUCCGAGCCCCAGGAUCCCAGCCCGACGCGUGACGUCAUCGUGGCUGAGCCCUCGGUCCUCCGAGAUCCGUCCCAUGUAACCCCCGUGCUCCAGCGCCCGCCUAAUUAUGACUAUCAAGCCCAAGUGGCCGUUCCUCUCCACAGUGCCGAGUACAACCCUUCCUUGGACCACAACCCUACUCUCAUGGCCUCCUUCAAUAAGUUCCCUUACCCGACGCAUGCCGAACUGUCCUGGCUGACAGCCGCCUCCAAGCACCCGGAGGAGCAAAUCAAAGUUUGGUUCACCGCUCAGCGGCUCAAGCAGGGAAUCACGUGGUCCCCGGAGGAGGUGGAGGAGGCCAGGAAGAAGAUGUUCAAUGGCUCCAUCCCGGCUCUCCAUCACACGUUCACAGCCUCAUCUCGGGGCCUCGCCCCUCGGCCGGGUUCUGACCGUGUCCACUUGACUACCACAGGAGCUGGCGUCGGCUCCGCUCACGCGCUCAAACGCCCCCCGACGACUCCUUGCGGUCCCGAGUCCAAGCGACCUGUAAUGACAGUCACCCCGAGUCGAGGAGGCCCUAAUGAGGAAAAAAAGCGCCAGCCUGUGGCUGCGCUGGCCGGUGUGGCCCCAUUUGCAACGGACGUGACAAAGUGGUCCACUCUACUGACGUCAACCUCCUCUUCUUCAUCGCUACGCGCCCAGGGCAAUCUUCCCUCUUGGUCGGCAAAAGCCAAAGCUGUAGUGUCACUGCCAUCCAUGGUCUUUCCAGAGUCCUUAACAAGGCCUACGAUUGCGCCACUGCCCAUCUUUGCCCCACCCUUUAAAAGCUCGCUCCUGAUGCCCUGUCUUUCCAAUGAGACGCUUCCCAACACCGCCAAUAUGACGUACCCAAGUUUACCUUCGUUUGUCACCCCUCGCCCCCCUGUUAUCCGUUCCGUACACACGCCAGCCAAAUUCCCCGCCGGCUUUCCACAACUGGACCCGAGUGCCCAAGAUGAAGGCGGUGCCCAAGCCGAAGGGACGCACGGCGAGUCUUUGAGCGCUCUUGGCCAGUCCCCCCUUGUCCACUCUCAGCACGAGUUGUCGGUUCCCGCUCACUUCCUGCUGCCAGAAAGAAUGAAGGGCAAGACGACGCAGCAGCUGGAGAUCCUGGAGGAGCACUUCCAGAAGAACAGCCUUGUCUCUCGCACCGACACCGACCGUCUAGCUGUCGCCACCGGGCUGUGCCGCAGCCAACUGGACGGCUGGUUUGCCGAUCGCCGGGCGCUCCGGGACAACCUGGAACUGGCGCUCCUCGGCUCGAUGGGCGCAAAGAGGUCCACUGAGGUGGACCGGGAUGCAACGCUGGCCCCGAGCGAGAGUUUUGGUGCAGCCAAUCCCAAAAGUGGCUCUGUGCCUUUAGGCCGCUCCCUUCCUCCUCUCAACGAUCACUUUGCUCCAAGUGAAGGGGCGGCUCCGUCUGAGAUUUGGCCCGGACUGGCCUGUGUGGACCUGGCGCGCUGGUUCCGCGACAGUCGCUCAACGCUGCACGCCCAAUUCUUCCACAAUGGCAGACUGAAUGCCGGUGCGGGGAUGCUGGACAAAAGCCCCCGUGAGCGCUGCCAGCUUCUGGAGGCGGAGCCGGGCUGGCUGACAGAAGCGCGUGCUAACGGCCUCAGCGCGCUGCAGCACGGCGAGCUACAAGAGCGUCUUGCCGGCAGGUGCGAAUAACAACAGUCGUCCUUUUGCAUCGAGUGCUGGACAAAUGGCGACGACACAUUCCCAUCAUCCGCCGGCUCCUCAGCGGGGUGAAGAGUCUCCGCCCACCCAAGGAUGUCUGACAGAAGGGUUAGCUGGCGUGCCUAACGUGUGCUAACACUUCCUUAGGUUGCGUCUAGAGUUCAUGUCGGCGUUGGGGCUGGCAGCCUUUUUGAUUACCCUAUGUGCUGAUUGAUGCUAACUUUGGGACCUUUUUUUGGGGAGAGGGUUGCCAUGGAGACUGAACUGCAACACAUUUUCCUGGAAGUAGAUGUAGCCACUCCCACUCGUGUGUGUGUGUGCGUCUGCGUGUGCUUGUCAGUGCGCAUGAAAGACUGUCAGCAAGCAUUGUGUGUGAUUCUUUUGUUCUUAAAUGGCCUGUUUCCACUGGUUUUACAAACAAAAGAAUGCACACACACACACAGCAUUUGGCAAUAGUUGUGAACGGCGCCUGGACUUGCGCCCGCCUAGUGCUAUUGUUGAGCGUCACAUUCAGUCGGACUGAAGCCUCCUCCACCUACCCAUAAGCGAAGCCGCACCACAGACUUUUUGGAAGUGUUCAGCAGCGAGGUGCUGUUUUGUUGUCAUGUUUGGGCCUCCAUCAUCUUGGACUACACGCGGCAACAUGUUUGCCACAUGGGGGUAAAGCACCACUUUCGUGUCCUUUGACAUGAUGAAUGUCAAAGACCUCUCGGUUGCAAUUGCUUGUAGUCCUGUCUAGAAGUCAAGACAGGACAACAUGAAUGUAAGCUAAUGCAGUGGUCCCCAACCUUUUUUUGCGCCACGGACCGGUUACAUGUCAGAAAUAUUUUCGCGGACCGGCAUUUAUAUAAAUAAUACAUUUAUAUAAAUAAAUAAUACAUUUAUAAUAAAUAUAUAAAUACGAUUAAAUAAAAUGAGACGACUGACAUAAAACCAAGUACAAAUGACAAAAAUAAAACUCACCAUUACGUUGGAUUAGUGCAGUGCUUCUCAAAUAGUGGGGCGCGCCCCCCUUGCUAUACCUGGGGGGGCGCGUGUGACCCUGGGGAACAGGCUUUUUUUUUGGCAGUA